CGUCUACCAAGUCACGGAACAAUAGAAGACCCUCAUCAACCUCUUACACUUCAACCUUAACAACACUAGUCUUCAUUGCACUAUGUGUUCUCGCAGUGUGGAUGCUAACCUCAAACUCUGUUGUCUCCCCUAAAACACGCGCAUCAAUUAACACCGCCACCAAUGACUUGUCUUCCUCCUCUGAAGACCAAGCUGAAACCACCACGGCCGCCGCCACAACAACCAACAACAACUCAGAGGAAUCACCUGAAACCACCACUACAAUCAACAACUCAGAUGAUUCAACCGAAACAACAACAACAACCACAGAGGAUUCACCUGAAACAACCACUAAAAGCCAAGACCUAAAGGAAACCACUACCACCGCGUACGGAGACGAUUCCGGUAAGCUACCUGAUGAUUCUACCAAGAAUGACGAUGGAAAUGACAAUGCCAAUGAUCAGAAGAGCAUUGAGCCUGAGAAAGAUGAGCAAAGUAAUCAAAAGGAUGAACAAAACAUAGAAUCACAGAAUUCAAAUGCAGGGGAGAAUCAAGAACAAAGCACGGGUGGCCAACAAGAUGUUCAAACCUUUGAUCAAGGGUCAAAAGUGAAUGAUGAUGAAGCACUGAAUGAACAACAAUUGAGAGAAGACAAAGGUGAGAUAACAGAAAAAGACCAGAAUCAAAGUUCCAAGGAGGAGCAAAAAGAAAACCAGAACAACAUGCAAGAUGAGAGUCAAGAACUAGAGAAGCCAAGAGCAGGUAAGAGUAGGAGGAAGCCGGUGAAGAAGGAGCCGAAGGAAACGAAAUCGUGGUCGACGCAAGCGGAUGAGUCUCAGGGUGAGAAGGAGAGGCAGAAGGAUGAAUCUGGUGGCGGUGGUGGUGGUGGUGGUGAUGAGGAAGGGGGAGAUUUGAACUGGAAUCUUUGCAAUGUCACAGCUGGUGCUGAUUUUAUUCCAUGUUUGGAUAAUGAAAAGUAUCUGAAGACUUCACACAGAAAACACUAUGAACACAGGGAGAGGCAUUGCCCUGAGGAUGCACCUACUUGCCUAGUGCCACUUCCUAAAGGUUACAAAACGCGUAUUCAAUGGCCAAGCAGCAGAGAUAAGGUAUGGUACCACAAUGUACCGCACACAGCGCUGGCAGAGGUGAAGGGACAUCAAAACUGGGUGAAGUUGAAGGGUGAGUUUUUGACAUUUCCUGGAGGUGGCACUCAGUUCAUCCAUGGUGCUCUCCACUACAUUGAUUUUCUUCAAAAGGCUGAACCUGGUAUUGGAUGGGGGAAGCACACUAGGGUGAUUUUGGACGUUGGGUGUGGAGUAGGUAGUUUUGGAGGUUACCUAUUUGAAAGAGAUGUUAUUGCCAUGUCCUUUGCACCCAAAGAUGAACAUGAAGCACAAGUGCAGUUCGCCCUCGAGAGAGGAAUUCCAGCCAUAUCUGCAGUCAUGGGCACUCAAAGGCUGCAAUUCCCAAGCCACGUCUUCGAUCUUAUCCAUUGUGCACGAUGUCGUGUACCUUGGCAUGAAGAUGGUGGCUUGUUGCUUUUGGAAUUGAAUCGUCUUCUAAGACCAGGGGGCUAUUUUGUAUGGUCUGCAACUCCAGUGUACCAGACGCUCGAAGAAGAUGUCGAGAUAUGGAAGCACAUGACCAAACUGACCAAGGCCAUGUGUUGGGAUCUUGUAACCAUUAAAAACGAUACACUGAAUCAAGUUGGUGCUGCCUUCUACCGCAAACCCAUUUCAAACGAAUGCUACGAGCAAAGGGAGCAAAACCAACCUCCAAUGUGCAAAGAUGAUGAUGAUCCAAACGCUGCCUGGUAUGUACCUCUACAGGCGUGCCUACACAAAUUGGCUGCUAACAAGGGUGAGAGAGGAGCCAGGUGGCCGGAAGCUUGGCCACGUAGACUGCAGAAAGCCCCAUAUUGGCUGAACAACUUGCACAUAUCUCCUAACGAUUUUGAAGCAGACAAUGAACGUUGGAAAAACGUUGCAGAUGACCUGAGCAGCCUUGGUGUUACUUGGUCUAAUGUAAGAAAUAUAAUGGACAUGCGAGCUGUCUAUGGAGGAUUUGGAGCAGCUCUAAAGGAUCUUCCUGUUUGGGUAUUCAAUGUGGUGAACAUGGAUGCACCAGACACACUUCCUAUCAUCUUUGAACGUGGUCUAAUUGGAAUAUACCAUGAUUGGUGUGAAUCCUUCAGCACCUAUCCAAGAACUUAUGAUCUACUGCAUGCUGAUCAUCUUUUCUCAAAUCUAAAGAACAGGUGCAAGCUUGUUCCUGUAUUAGCAGAGGUAGAUAGAAUAACAAGGCCAGGAGGUAAUUUGAUUGUCCGUGAUGAAUCUAGUGUCGUUGAAGAAGUGGAGAAUUUGUUGAAAUCUCUACACUGGGAAAUAACCAAAAACCAAGAAGGGUUGCUCUGUGCCAAGAAAGGAACAUGGAGGCCCAACUCUUCCGUAAAUUUGUUCUGAUCAUGGAGACAACAUUGAUUAUUCAAUCAAAAGAUAUAAUCAUCAGUGAUAUGGGGUUUUGUCCGUCAUGACAGUCGUCGUGAAAUCUUUACAUGCUUUACUGAUAAUCAUUCACAUACAACCCCAAAAUGAUGAUGCAAGCAUCCUUAGAAUUAGUAGAUGUUAAUAUACAAUGUCAUUCUCUAGUUAAUCUGGUGGAUGCUUGCAUUCAGAAAUCAGAACUAGCU